UACCAGGCCGGCUGCUCGGCUCUUCUGUGCAGCAGAACCUGCUCCUCGGUCCUACCUGUUUCUCUGUCUGCAGUCUCUGGUCAUCUCCUGUACUGUGUCCGCAGUCUCUGGUCAUCUCCUGUACUGUGUCCGCGGUCUCUGGUCAUCUCCUGUACUGUGUCCGCAGUCUGUGGUCAUCUCCUGUACUAUGUCCGCAGUCUCUGGUCAUCUCCUGUACUGUGUCCGCGGUCUCUGGUCAUCCCCUGUACUGUGUCCAAGGUCUCUGGUCAUCCCCUGUACUGUGUCCGCGGUCUCUGGUCAUCUCCUGUACUGUGUCCGCGGCCUCUGGUCACCUCCUGUACUGUGUCCGCGGUCUCUGGUCACCUCCUGUACUGUGUCCGCGGUCUCUGGUCACCUCCUGUACUGUGUCCGCGGUCUCUGGUCACCUCCUGUACUGUGUCCGCGGUCUCUGGUCACCUC